GUUUGUUUCCAGCCCUUAAACCAAUAUUACGACAGAGAUAUCUCGGGUCUACCAAUUGGUUCUAGUACGCCAUGAAGACGAAAAAGCGCCCAGCUGAGGCGACGUCUGAGUCGCUUCAAUCAAAGGCCACGGAUUCAACAACCACCAGAGAACGGAAGAGGCACCGAAAAAGUUCGGCCGCCGAGUCAAUCCCACCCGCUUCGACAGAGAAAACCUCGACAGAGAAACCCGAGCCUGCAAAAGCAGUAUCGCUCCUCCGGACCGAAGAGAAAGCUUUCCCUCGUGGUGGUGCAAGUGCUCUCACGCCACUUGAACAUAAGCAGAUCCAAAUCCAGGCCACCCAAGAUGUUCUGUUUGAGCAGGGUGGAGCCAAACGCACCGCUCCGGAGUCGAGUGAUGACGAAGGCAGCACUUCGGGCCGUGUGAAGGAACCGCAGACCAAGAGGGCUAGGAGGCCGAAAGGGAAAGCCAAUGCUGCGGAUGAAGCACCGAAGGAUGAUAUGGGCAUUAAACCUGAAGGACUGAGUUACAAACGCCUCGUCAUAGGUUCACUUGUCCUGGGCCAGGUCACCCGAAUCACCUCUCGAGACGUUUGCCUCGCUCUCCCGAACAAUCUGGUUGGAUAUGUACCGCUGACUAGCAUCUCACCGACUAUCAACCAAAAGGUCGAGAGCCUAUUGGAGGAUUCGGAGCCAGACGAAGCCAAUUCAGAAGAUGAAGAUGACAUUGAUCUGGAGAGCAUGUUCUACGUCGGCCAAUAUCUCCGCGCCUAUGUGACCUCCACUGAAGGACAUGCGGUGGAAACCAAAUCGAAGGCCAAGAGGCGGAUUGAACUUUCACUUGAAUCGAACCUUGUCAACAGUGGAAUAUCAAAGGACGAUAUUGUGGCAGGAUCGAUGCUUCAAGCCACCGUUUCAAGCGUGGAAGAUCAUGGACUUGUCCUCGACUUGGGACUCUCGGAGUCUUCAACGAAAGGGUUCAUGCCUGCGGCUGAGCUUAGCCCGGAAUUUCCCCUUUCCAAGAUCCAGACUGGAACGGUUCUCUUUUGUCUUGUCACGGGUUUCGAGUCGAACAAACGCGUUGUGAAGCUAUCCUGCGACAGCAAAAAACUGCGCGCUCUCGAAAAGUACUGCGUCCUCGACGCGCCAUCCAUUCGGAUCCUUCUCCCUGGAACCGCAGUGGAGGUCCUGGUCACCGAAUCCUCUGAGACUGGCGUGGUCGGAAAAGUAAUGGGCAUGCUGGAUGUCACUGCGGAUUUUGUGCACUGUGGACUGAAUUUACCAAAUCAGCGUUCAGCCGAAGCGAUGAAAGAAGGUUCCAAGGUCCGCGGCCGCAUUAUUUGUACAUUCCCGAAUGCCGAACCUCCCAAGAUGGGCGUGUCGUUCCUCGAUCACGUCCGAACCUUGCAGAAUUCUGCCACAAUCUCUGAGGGCCAUCCAGUCAUGGAAACGCGACCAUUAUCGUCUUUUGUCGACGCUGCUAAGGUCUACAAGGUCGAUCGGCUCAGAGGAUUAUUCGUCGAUGUCGGCAUGGAACAUACCCCUGGAUUUGUCCACAUUUCAAGGGUCAGCGAUAAGAAUAUUGCGUCGUUGUCGGCUUCGGAAGGGUCUUUCAAGAUUGGUUCCUCCCACCGAGCUCGAAUUAUCGGAUUCAACCAGAUGGAUGGCGUCUUCUCGCUCGCCAUGGACGAGAAAACCCUUAACGAGCCUUUCUUGCGCAUUGAAGACCUUCCCAUCGGCGAUGUGCUGUCCGGAACGGUCGAGAAGAUUGUGAUCAAUGACCGUGGGAUUGGAGGAGUUUUGGUCAAGUUGUCGGACGGCAUCAUUGGUCUGGUUCCCGAAAUGCACAUGUCUGAUGUACGGCUCGAGCACCCCGAAAAGCGCUUCCGGGAGGGCAUGUCAGUGCGAGUCAGAGUGCUCUCGACGAAUCCCGAGAGACGCCUCAUUCGUCUUACGAUGAAAAAGAGCCUGGUCAAUUCGGAUGCCACUCUUUUCAAAGAUAUCCGGAACAUUGCGCCGGGUGACUCCUCUCCGGGUACCAUCGUCAGCUUGUUGCCAACUGGGGCUGUGGUUCAAUUCUACGGAUCCGUACGUGCCUUCCUUCCAGUAUCUGAGAUGAGUGAGGCGUACAUCAAAGAUCCUGCUCAACACUUCCGGACGGGUCAAGUGGUCAACGUCCAUGUUCUGAGCGUUGACCCCGACUCGAACAAAAUGGUGGUUUCCUGCCGAGAUCCCGCUGCAUUUGGUGAAGCCCAGAAGGAAGCUUUCGCUUCCAUCCAUGUGGGCGACCUGGUCAAGGGCGCCGUCACCGACAAGUCAUCCGACGUCGUGACGUUCCGGAUAGGGGAUGCUGGUAUCAAGGCAACCCUCCACCUCAUUCAACUCACCGAUGGUUCCGAAAAGAAAUGCGCAGCGGAUUUGAAACGACUCCGACCUGGACAGACCCUCGAUAACCUGGUUGUGCUCGAGAAGGUCGAGAAACGAAAUUUGCUCUAUGUAUCAGCGAAACCUUCAUUGGUCGCGGAAACACGCGCAGGUAGUCUCAUCAAAGCAUUCGAAGAUGUAAAGGAGGGGAAGACCGUGCGUGGCUUCGUACGAGGCGUCAGUGCUGACGGGGUCUUCGUUCAGUUUGCUGGAGCGAUAGUUGGGUUCCUGCAUAAAUCCCAGCUUGACGAGAAGGCAUUGAAACUUCCAGACUUUGGGAUGACCAAGGGCCAGUCGGUGUCUGCAAAAGUCCUCACAGUCGAUCCUGCCACCAACAGGUUCUUUUUGUCGAAGAAGAGUGGCCCUCAGCCGGAGCGCUCCACAGAAAGCAAUGGUACUGACCAGAAAUCAAUUGGACAACCCGUCACCAAUGCUGUCGACGGGGUAUCCAAGCUGUCCACUGAUUAUGCCGUUGGAGUCACGACGAAGGCUCGAAUCACGGCUGCGAAGGAUACGCAGCUGAACGUUCUUCUAGCAGACAACGUUCAAGGUCGAAUUGAUGUCUCCGAAGUGUUUGACAACUGGGAAGACAUCAAAGACCGGAAGUAUCCUUUGAAAAGCUUCCAUAAAGGCCAGAUACUAUCUGUCCAAAUCAUCGGCAUUCACGAUGCGAGAAGCCACAAGUUCUUGCCCAUCUCUCAUCGGGGGGGUAAAGUUCCAGUGUUCGAACUCACUGCAAAGCCGAAGACCCUCCAAGGCGGUCAGAUUCUAUCCAUGGACCAACUUUCGACUGGCAAAACGUACACAGCAUUCGUCAACAACAUCGAUGCUAGAUGCGUUUGGGUCAACCUCUCGCCUUCAGUCCGAGGACGCGUCGAUCUCAUGGAUCUCUCGGAUGACCUAUCACUACUCUCGGAUGUGCAACACAAUUUCCCGAUCGGCUCCGCGGUGCGUGUUCGCGUCAAAUCCAUCGAUGUCGAAUCGAACAGACUUGAUCUUUCGGCGACAUCGACCGACUCCAGUGAACCCCUCACCCUCCGCGAUCUCUCCCACAACAUGGUCAUCCCAGGUCGUGUUACGAAGGUUACCGAGCGCUACCUCAUGAUCCAACUUUCUAGCACCAUCUCCGGCCAGGUGCCCUUGACGGAGCUUUCGGACGAUUUCUCCCUCGCGAAGACCUCGGCGUAUAACAACAAUGAUAUCGUCCGAGCAUGCGUGCUGAAUGUCGACCUUCCCAAUAAACAAGUCAUGCUCUCCCUACGACCAUCUCACGUCCUUAGCUCGGGCCUUCCUGUGCGAGACCCGCCGAUCGCGGACAUUUCGCAAAUCAAAAUGAACGACGUUCGUCGGGGUUUUGUCAAGAACGUGUCGGCCCAAGGCGUCUUUGUCUCGCUCAGCCCCAAGGUCACGGCGUUCGUGAGAGUCUCGGAGCUCUCAGAUGCUUAUCUAAAGGACUGGAAGUCAAAGUUCGAAGUCGAUCAAUUGGUGGAAGGAAAGGUUAUCCACGUCGACACCGACACGAACCAGUUGCAACUGAGCCUCAAAGAAUCUGUUCUGAACCCCGACUAUGUCCGUCCUCUGGGUCUCGAUGACAUUAAACGGGGCCAAGUCGUGACCGGAAAGGUCAGGAAAGUGGAAGAUUACGGUGUUUUCAUCUUGGUGGACAAUUCGAAGAACGUUAGUGGUCUCUGUCACCGCAGCGAGAUCGCGGACGAUCCCGUCAAAGACGUGAAGAGUCUCUACCAAGAAGGUGAUAUUGUGAAGGCAAAGGUUGUCAAGGUCGACUUGGAAAAGCGUAGGGUCAACUUCAGCCUCAAGGCUUCACAUUUCGCCUCUGAGGAUGAGGAUGUUCUAUCCGAGGCAGAAGAUGACAUGGACGACGAAGAAACAGGUGGGGUCGAAAUUGUCCAGGAAGGACAUCCAGUGGCCGGCCAAGACCGGGAAGAUGCUACCAGAACCGAUUCGGUUGACGUUCACAUGGGCAAUACCGAGUCGAAUGGUGCUAGUGAGCAAACCUCCACGGUUUUGGAUCGCCUGAAGGUGGCUUCGUUCGAUUGGACGGGGCUCUCUCUUGCGGAAAAGAUCAAUGGCACCAAUGAUGACAGCGAUGGGGAGCUUUCGACCAAGAAGAAGAAGCGAAGGAAGCCGGAGAUCAAAGUCGACAUGACCGGAGACUUGGACAAGUACGGGCCACGUUCAGUCGCAGACUACGAACGACAGCUUUUGGGUCAGCCCAACUCCUCGAGCCUGUGGAUUCAGUACAUGGCGUUCCAACUCCAGUUGGGCGAGGUGGACAAGGCGAGGAACAUUGCGGAACGAGCCCUGCGCACGAUCAACAUCCGAGAAGACGACGAGAAGUUGAAUGUCUGGGUCGCCAUGCUGAACCUCGAAAAUGCCUUUGGAAGCGACGAAUCCAUGCAGGAAACGUUCCAGCGAGCCUGCCAGUAUAACGACACGAAAGAGAUGCACGAAAGACUAGCAAGUAUCUACAUUGAGUCCGGCAAGCACGAUAGAGCCGAAGAUCUCUUUGCUUCCAUGGUGAAGAACAAGUCCAUCUCCCCCGACCCAACCUUCUGGAUCAACUACGCCACGUUCGUCAUGUCCACGCUGAACCAGCCCGAUCGAGCCCGAGCGCUCCUUCAACGGGCCACCCAGUCGGUUCCGAGCGACUUGCACCGGCAACUUACCAUGAAGUUCGCUGCUCUCGAGUUCCAGUCGCGCAAUGGCAACGCGGAGCGAGGACGUACUGUGUUCGAGGGGCUGGUCGACACGUGGCCUAAGAAAUGGGAUAUUUGGGAUGUCUGGAUGUCGUUGGAGAAGAGCAAGAAAGAGUCCGAGCAUGUGCGAGCAUUGUAUGGGCGCAUGAGCGAGAGGAAGAUGAAGAAGAAGAGGGCAAAGUCUUUCUUUAAGCAAUGGUUUGAUUGGGAAGAAUCGUUUGGAAGCGAACAAGGGCUUGAGGAUGUCAAGAAGCGGGCUGCUGCAUAUGUUGAAAAAAUGCAGGAAGACAAGGACAAGAUGGAGGAGGAUUAGGCUGCGACAACCAUGCAUUCCGGUUGCUUUGGAUGUGUCUUCCAAUGAAUCAGCCAGCACUGUCGUAAUCUUCAAGUUUGAUAUAUUCAUUGGCGUAUACCGCGUAAAUUACAUCACAAUUGCUCCC